AUGACAAUCACUAUUACCGUGGAGAAGGAUGGCUUCUAUGAGGUCAAUGGGAUGCGCCAUGAGCCCAGUGUCUCUCUCUAUGUCAUUCCUGCUGCAUCUAAGCUGCGGCGAAUGCUGAAAGAUUCCAAGGACCUCAUAGUCUGUCCUGGAGUUUAUGAUGGCCUGUCAGCUCGAAUCGCUAUGGAGCUGGGCUUCAAGGGGAUGUAUAUGACUGGUGCUGGAACAACUGCUUCACGACUAGGAAUGGCGGAUCUGGGUCUAGCCCAGCUUCAUGAUAUGCGAACCAAUGCGGAGAUGAUUGCCAAUCUUGACCCCUUUGGCCCUCCCCUCAUUGCAGACAUGGAUACCGGUUAUGGAGGUCCAUUGAUGGUGUCCAAAUCGGUUCAGCAGUACAUUCAGGCUGGUGUAGCUGGUUUCCACAUCGAAGACCAGAUCCAGAACAAACGCUGUGGCCACCUUGCUGGAAAGAAGGUUGUUGGCCGAGAAGAGUACCUGACGCGUAUUCGGGCGGCCAAGCUGACGAAAGACCGUCUGCACUCGGAUAUUGUCCUCAUAGCAAGAACCGAUGCCCUCCAACAACACGGCUAUGAGGAAUGCAUCGCCCGCUUGAAAGCCGCGAGAGACAUUGGAGCUGAUGUGGGUCUUCUGGAAGGGUUUACGUCAAAGGAACAGGCACGUCAGGCAGUUCAAGACCUUGCUCCUUGGCCUCUGCUCCUUAACAUGGUAGAAAAUGGUGCCACCCCUGUCAUUACCACCAAGGAGGCAGAAGAGAUGGGAUUCCGGAUCAUGAUAUUCUCAUUUGCAUCUCUUGCACCGGCCUACAUGGGGAUCCGUUCGGCUUUGGAACGCCUGAAGACUGAGGGAGUAGUCGGAACACCUGAUGGUCUUGGACCACGAAAAUUAUUUGAGGUAUGCGGCCUGAUGGACUCUAUGAAGGUGGAUACAGAGGCAGGAGGUGAUGGCUUUGUCGACGGUGUCUAG